UUUUUUUCAGAUUUAGUACCUGUUUCGUAUUUUACUGAGAGACUCAAAGAAAGUGAAAUAAUCAUGCGACAUCAUGGAUUGGGGACAAUUGGAACAUUACCACUUGCUAAGUCUUUAAAGAAGAAUACUUUCAUUGAAAAAAUCGAUCUGACAGACAACUACAUAGAGGGUCCUGGUGCAGUCUCACUGGCCAACAUGUUACAAGAUAACUGCUUUAUUACAGACAUUGACCUUUCUAUGAACUUCAUACGGUCAGAGGGAGGUGUUGCUUUUGCUACAAUGCUAUAUAAAAAUCAGUCACUCAGAAAACUUGUUUUAAAGUCCAAUCACCUGACUGACAAGGAUGCCAAAGUAUUUGCUGAGGCCUUAAAAGAAAACCGCACUCUUGAAUACUUGGACAUCAGUCAUAAUGAGAUAGGAGAAUUAGGAGGCAUCUACUUGGGAGCUGGUUUGGCUGUAAAUUAUGGUCUCAAGCAUUUCGAUGUUAGUUGGAAUUGUAUUCGUUUUAAAGGUGCUGUUGGUUUAGCACAAUCACUAAAGACCAAUGAUUGCCUGACACACUUUAACAUGUCUUGGAAUGGCUUGUCCCUAUUGGGUUGUGUGGCAUUGGGAAGAUUUCUUAAAAGGAAUGAAGCAUUGGHUGAACUUGACAUCAGUAAUAAUAGGAUUGGUUUGCUAGGAACACAGAAACUUGCUGCAGGAAUUGCUGGUCAUCCUAAUCUUAAAGUGUUAAAGAUUGGUAGGAACCCAAUGGGUGAUGUUGGUGUGGAGUGUCUUCUUAGUGUUGUCAAGACUCAUAAUACCAUAUCAUACUUAUCACUAGAGGAUAUAACUGUAUCACCUAAAGUGUUUGAUGAGAUCAAAGMCUUAGAGGCAGAGAGAAAUAUUACCAUCAUUACUGGAGGAAUAGGAGGCUAUAAAAGACCAAAGGAAAUGCCACCAGGAAUGCGCAUACUUCUUGAUUUUAUUUCGGACAACCGUUUACGCCUUAUUGACUGGUUUAACCAGUUUGACAAGGAUCACAGUGGUGGAAUAUCUAGGGAGGAGUUCCGUAAAGGACUAAAAGAGAUAGGACUUGUAAUGACAACUCGUCAACUUGAUAGAUUGAUUGAAUUCAUUGAUAUUAAUGAUGAUGGGGAGAUUGAAUACAGUGAGCUUCUGCGUGGGAGAGAAAUAACCAUUCAGCAACUUAGAAUUGAGAAGAAAAUAGAGGAAAGGAAUAAGAAAAUAGAAGAGCAAAGAAUGACGUUGCCUAAGCUGGAAGGCUAUGAUUAUGACCUCAUGUAAUAUUGUUU